CAGCUUCGCCCUGUCCUGUCUGGGGGAAAUGAGCAGACGCUAUCCAAAUUCUCUGCUCGGACCCCGGGGCCGCUCGAUGCAACCGGAUCGCACCAGAUCGGAUGAAUGAAGCGCCCACUGACCACUCACAGGCCGAGCGCAAACAGGCACAGAAUCGGUCUCCCUUUACCCCUUGCCACAUUACUCCGCCCUCCGGCCCCCGAGCGAGCUUUUCCCAGUAGAGUGAUUGAUUGAGAGGCAGCGAGGUAGCCAAUACUCUCUCGUGGGCAACGGAAAGUUGGUGGGGUUUUGAGUCUUCACAUUUGAGGUGGUGAAGGCCGAGCAGCAGCACUUGCAGUUGCAAUGGCGACCAUGCAAGCGCAAGUAGCAUCUGCUGCUGCCGCCGCUUUCUCGAGUGUGGAUAUCAGCAGCAAAAGCCGAGGCUGUUCGUCGCGGUUGGUUGUCUCUGGAGGUCGGAGUAGUUUCUGGGGAUGCGAGGCUUCGAACAGGGAAGGCACCUUCGGGGCUCAGGCUGUGGUUUUAGACCCCAUUUGUUACAGGAGGAGGAAUGGUAGAAGCACUUCUGUCUUCAUCAGGGCUACUGCUGCAGUCAGCUCCGAAGCAGGCACAGGCGUCCGCACUGCCCUCGUUCGAAUUGGAACCAGGGGAAGCCCUCUGGCGCUUGCGCAAGCUUACCAAACGCGCGAUAAAUUAAAAGAAGCCCACCCGGAGCUGUGCGAGGAAGGCGCAUUGGAGAUAGUCAUCAUCAAAACCACAGGUGACAAGAUUUUGAACCAGCCCUUGGCAGACAUCGGAGGAAAGGGUCUGUUCACCAAGGAAAUCGACGAUGCUUUGUUGGGGGGAUCGAUAGAUAUCGCUGUGCACUCCAUGAAAGACGUUCCCACUUAUUUGCCGGAGGGGACAAUUUUGCCCUGCAAUCUGCCCAGAGAGGAUGUCCGGGAUGCUUUCAUUUGUCCUGGAUAUGCGUCACUUGCCGAGCUCCCAGCUGGAAGCGUGGUCGGCACAGCUUCUCUCAGACGUCAGUCACAGCUUCUGAACAAGUACCCCUCUCUAAAGUGUGUGAAUUUCAGAGGCAAUGUUCAAACUCGACUCAGGAAGCUGGGCGAAGGUACAGUCCAAGCCACACUUCUGGCUCUGGCCGGGCUAAAGCGGUUGGACAUGACCCAACACAUUACAGCCAUUCUCUCCACAGAGGAGAUGUUGCCUGCUAUUGCUCAAGGUGCCAUCGGGAUCGCUUGCCGAUCAGAUGACGACACCAUGGUGAAAUAUCUCAGUUCUUUGAAUCACGAAGACACUCGGCUGGCUAUAUCAUGCGAGAGAUCCUUCUUAGCGGCUCUUGACGGAUCAUGCCGAACGCCAAUAGCUGGUCUUGCUUUCCGCAACGGGAAUGGCACUUGUACCUUCCGUGGUCUCGUCGCGUCGCCAGAUGGAACCAAAGUGUUGGAGACGUCUCGCGAGUGUGCUUUCUCGUACGACGACAUGAUUGCAGUGGGAAAAGAUGCCGGGGAAGAGCUCAAGGCCAGAGGUGGUCCAGACUUCUUCAACUGGUCAUCGUAGGCAACCGUUGAGAGAAAGCUAGUGGCAGUUCCAGAUGAAGAUGCCGGUGUGGUUUGCAAGUGGUCCUCGGACACAUCAACUUACAAGCAUCCCGAUUGGCUUGACAGCCAGCCCACCCGCUUUGGGCCAGAAUCCAUGGAGGCACGCUGCAUUGGCCGUUGUAGACUCAUAGUCCGCACCGAGUAAAUGUCGAGGCGGGGGCAUCUUCUACGAAUGAUUGGACUCCUUCCUCCUUCCUGAUUGUUCAUUGUCCCUUGUGCUGGCUGGUCCGUUUGCCAGCCCCAGGGUGUCGAUAUACUCGUUCAUAGUUAGAAAGGUUUCACGUAGUUGGACCCAUAGAAACUAGUCUGUCAAGUUUUGCUAGGUGGUCGUAGGAUUUCUUAUUCGUCGUUCUUACUGUAAAAAAAGUGGGCAGCUAUGCAAGGCAGGUUCGCCAGACGGAGGGGCUUAUCAGGAACAAGAGGAAUAUCUUGGGUCAAGAUAUCUCGGUGGACAUGUCUUCCGUUACUUCCUUCACGAGGAGUCUUGAUUACAUAAAAGGGAACAAAUUUAUCC